AUGAAAUAUCCUCAACUAAUUAGUUAUUUUACAUUCACAUUGAUAAUUCUUAAUUCACUUUUAUUCAAAACAUAUUCAUUAGACUUCAGCGUACCAAAUUAUAAAAUUGUUUAUAUUGAUGAUUUUAUUUCUCAUCCUAAAUGGAUGUCAACACAUAAAAGUUUUACUUUACCCAAGAAGAGUCGUAUAGCUCAAAUUUCUGUACAUCCAUCAUCAAACAGCUUGUUUAUUGCAGUAAAUAAUUCAAUUAUCAGAGUUACUACAGAUACAUUAAUAAAAAAAGAUGAAGCUAGUUGGUCUCUGUCUAGUCAAGAUAUAUCAACUUGUCCUCAACAACAUUCAAAUAGAGAAAUCCCAUGUAAUCAAUAUGCAGUGACUUUGGUAAAAGUUGUAGAUAAAAUAUUUCCUGGAUUAAAUGAUUCACCUUUACAUCAGACUGGAAUUUAUGUAUGUUUAUCCAAUGGACUAAUAGCUGAAUGUUCAUUUCGUCAGGCUAAUAAUUUGCGUGCUCCAUCGAAAAUACACUGGAAAAAUGUCGAUUACUGUCCAAUCGAUCCUAAUCGACCAGCAGUUGGUUUCGUCGCAAGUACACAAAAUUUAUAUAUUGGUAGUAAAACAGGAUCCUUAGAAAAUUCGGAAAUCCAUAUUAUGAAAAUUAAUUCUGUAGAAAAUUUGAAUUCAGUACAAUCAUUUAAAUAUCCUAUUCGUACAUUAUCUGAUGAUAAUAUAAUAAAACAAAAUAAUAAUACGAUAUUUGUACAUAGUUUCGAGUUUCACAAUGCUGUAUAUUUUUUGUUUCGAGAAUUAGCUGAUGAAACAGUCGAAAGUUGUGAUAAAUCAAUCAUCGUAUCACGAAUCGGCCGAUUGUGUAGUUUAGAUGAUGGAAAUUCCAUGGGGGUUUUCAAUUAUUUUCUCAAAGCUACAAUCACUUGUCCAUCAACACCUGAUGACGGUUCUAAUAGUUUGGUAUUUACUGAACUUCAAGCUGUAUAUGUAGAUCAAUCAACUAAAACUUUAUUUGGAACUUUUCAAACUUCAUCGUCAAUGCCAACUGCAUCAGCUAUUUGUGAAUACAGUUUGGUAGAGAUUGAAUCAGUAUUCAAUGGAGAAUUUUAUAAAAAUGAUGGAGUUGCCACAACAACCAGAAAUGAUUAUAAUUGUGAUAAACUUAUAUCAAACCCAUUUUCACAAAAUGAUCAUCAUUUGAUGUUUAAAACUGUCAGACCACGAUAUGAUAGACCAAUUCUAGUACAGCAAGGUGAAAUAUUUACACAAAUUGUGGUCAGUAAAAUCCCAGGAACAUUAAGAAGUGAUAUGAAUAUGGUCAUUUUUGUGACUAGCUCUGAAGGAAUAUUAUACAAAUGGCAUAUAAAAGAAUUCCAAUUGUGUCUUGUAGAAUUAAUUUAUCUACUACCGAGAUCUUCGAAAAGUAUAUCAGCUGCAAACGUUCAAAUGGAAAUUAUUCAUAAUAAUCAAAAUAAUAAAAAAUCCAAAGACUCGUUCAUUGUAAUAGCUAUAGAAAAUCGUUUGAUACGUCUACCUAUUGCAAGAUGUAAACGAUUUGGUGAUGAACGAAUAGGAUGUAAACUUCUAAGAGAUCCUUAUUGUGGAUGGAAUGAAGCAAAACAAAAAUGUGUUGACUUAAGUACUGACGAAGGAAUAGGCAAUAAUAUUAUGACGUUUCAUUCGGAUACCUGUGUUCAAAGUGAUCUAAUCUCAAAUUUUAAAAUAAAGAGUGAAUGGGGUAGCUGGAGUGAAUGGAAUAGUUGUGAACCGUCGUCAAGGACACAUAAAAGUAACUUAUUAGUGAAACAGUAUUCAAAUGAACAAUUUAAACUGACCGGAUGUAAUUGCCGUUUUCGAUCUUGUAACUCAUUCAUUUCAUCUGAACUCAAUGGAAAUGAAUGUUUAAAUGGAUCUUCAGUUGAAAUUAGCGGUUGUUCAUACAGUAGUGGCUGGACUAAAUGGUCUGCAUGGUCUGGAUGUGAACCUUCUUGUUAUUCUGUACAUCAAAAAUUCAAUGUAACACCAAUACGUACAAGAUAUCGUUGGUGUUCUAAUCCAAGUCCAGUUGGAAAUACCUAUAAAUGUCAUGGACCUGAUAAAGAGAUUGAAAUUUGUACUAAAGAAUUUGGUAGAUGCUCCGAACAAACAACACCAGUAAUCGGAUGGACAUCUUGGUCACAAUGGACCACAUGUACAGUUUCGUGUAAUGGUGGUAAACAAUUUCGUCGACGAAUUUGUAAAUAUAAUAAUGGUUUAAGGGAUGGAAAUGUAGAAAAAUUCACGUUAGAUGAUGUGAAACUAUUGCUUAAAGAUCAGUCAUCGAAUAUAAAACAGCCGAUGUGCAUUGGUAAAGCUUUUGAAGAAAGAGAAUGCAAUACUAAUCCAUGUUCAGCAACAAAAAUUACAUCUGCUUGGAGUGAGUGGUACAUAACAGGUGGAAGUAUUGAGAAAGAAAACAUACAAAGACAAUAUCGCGUCGAGUGUUCAGCGAAAUUGCCAGAGUCCGAUAGUUUUCAAGUGCAAAUCGAUACUCAGACUCGUAUCUGCAAGACUGAUAAAGACAGUUAUGAAGUGCAUUGUGAAGAUCUUGAUAAAUUAUUUGAAAACGAUGAAAAAUUUCUACCAGUUUUAUCAGAAACUAUUAACAAUGAUUGGUCAUCAUGGUCUGAAUGCUCACAACCAUGUGGUGGUGGUAGAAGAUAUCGUAAAAGAAUUAAGCCGUAUCUAUUACGUAAUACAAAGGAUAAACUUACAAAGAAAGAUUACGAGAUAGAACAUGAACUAUGUAAUCUGCAAUCGUGUACAGGUUAUUGGAGUUGUUGGUCAGAAUGGAGUAAAUGUUCACAAACGGAACCUUGUGCUCAACCAAGAGGUGUGCAACGUCGAUUUAGAACAUGCAUUAAUGAAUUCAGUUCAUCUGUUAACAAACUGACACAGACACAUAAUACUAGCUCAUGUUAUGGCGGAUUCGAAAAUAGUGUACAAACGGUACCCUGUGAAUUGGAAAUCGAUGAAACAAAAUGUCUACAGCAACGAUUACAUCAAGGCAGAUAUCGGAAGAGAUCUGCUGUAGUUGAACAAUUUGAUACAGAAAAUGUAUUAGACUCUUUGGAAUGGGCUAUUUGGUCAGAAUGCAUAACUGUAGAUCAUGUAUCGUACCCUAUACGAAUGAGAACAAGAAAAAGCUGCGAAAACUGUGAGUGGAUCCAAUUCGAACGUUGUGAUACUAAAACGCUUGUCGCACCUCAAGAAGUUUUAGGCGAUAAAUAUCAAUCAUAUAAAGAAACAAUUUUAAAUGAAAAUCUAACUGAACAAUAUGAUUUAUUACAUGUAAUAAUUGUGACACUAGUAUCUUUUACAACUGGUUUCGCUAUUGUAAUCAUUCCAUUUAUUACAUGUACAAUUAGAGAUCGUAAAAAUGUUCAACGUAAACAUAAAUAUCAACAAUCUAAAUCAUUAUCAACAUCUAUAUGGCGUAAAAUAACUAAUGAACGUUUAUUAAAUAAAACACAAUCAAAUUUAUUACCAUAUGAAUGGUUUUUAGAAAAUAAUCAUGCUCAUAAUAAUCAAUCAAUUUUUAAAAGUAACAGUGAAGGUAAAUUAUUAGAAAAGAAAAUUAUUGAACAUGAUAAAAAUGAUAUCAAGAAGAAAAAAUUGAAUAUUCAUGAUGAGAAUAUUGAUGGCGUUUUACAUUCAUCAUUGUUAUUAAACUCUGAUAGAAAACGUCAUAGAAAAGAUGUUCAUAAUCAUACUCAUCAAGAUCAACAUAAAUACUACACAACAGUUGAGCAUAAACCAUCACAUAAUACUACAUCAUUAGUAGAACGUCCAAAAUUAGUAGUGUACAAUUUUGAUACAAAUAAAAAUAAAACAAUUGAUGAAUUGAAACCGUGUAAUAAUCAAAAUCCAACUCCAGAUUAUGAUGAUGUUAGCAAUGAGAAUGUAUUAUUGAAAAGUGUACAAUCAACAAUAACCAAGAUUACAACAACAAUGACGACAACAAUAACAACAACAACAACAAGACCAAUGUCCGAUGUUCAAUAUGUAAACUCAAAAUCAGAAACCAAAUUAUCACAACCAAAAAUUAUCAGUGUCUCGUUAUCGUCUUCACCAUUAUCAGAACCAGUAUGGUCCGAUAUUUCGGUGAAAAAUCCGACAAUUGAAAAAGUCAAAAUUACCAACACUAAGGAACAGAGCGUUCCAAGAGACACAAUUGGUUUUAAUGGAGUAUUUUUAACGCCCACAGAGAAUUGUAGAUAUGAUAAUGAGAUAAGUUUGAUGGAAAUGGAUGAAGUAACAGAUAUUAAGAGUAUGAUUUCAGAAAAUUAGAUGAUAUGCUCUACAGAUACUUUGUAAUAUGAAUUAUUAAUAUAAUAUUAAUUUCUUUAAUAUCACCGAUCCAAUUAUAAAAAUAAUACUGAGUAAAAUAAUCCAAAUGAUAA